UAUCCCAAUAUUAUGGAGUUGUUUGAUAGUCUUGAAGUUGAUAAGAAAUUGUCAUACUUGUCAACUUCAGUCAGCCUAGACAAUGGCAAGGGCUAUGAAUGGGGUACCCAAAAUGGAUUGUCCAGCUUGUUUGCACAAAAGAAAAAUGUGAUUAAUCCUUACUUUUGGAAAAUGAUUAAGGAAGUAAGCAAGUUCAAAGAAGAUGUUCUAAGCUAUCUUGAUAUAGUUGAAACUAACCAAGAUAUUGAACACAAUGAGACUAUGGAGCAUUUCAUUAAGUCAAGGGGAUACUCAGAACUAUUUCAGAAGGCUUAUCUGAUUCCUCUUUGUUGUUCUAUUUGGCCUUGGCCUUGUUCUUCUCCGGAAGGAGUUAUGAGUUUUUCUUCUUUCUCGGUUCUUACAUUCUUAAGUAAUCACCAUCUACUUCAGCUCAUUUACAGUCCACAGUGCAAGAUUGUCAGAUGGAACUCUCAAAACUUUAUUAAGAAGGUGUUGUGUCAAUUAUACUUUUCAUUUCAUAUUUUGAUAGGAAUGAGAAUAAUGAUUAUUUGCUAUAGUAAGUUUGAAAAACUUCUUGCAGGAUGUGUUGUGUUAUGUAAAGACGGUUCCGAAGAAAUGUAUGAUUCUUGCAUAAUAGCAGUACAUGCCCCUGAUGUUCUGAAAAUAUUAGGAGAUGAAGCAACAUCAGAUGAAUGUAGAAUACUUGGUGCUUUUCAAUAUUUCAGACCUUACUCUUUCAUCUGUCUACGCAGCGAUACAUUUCUGCUUAACGACAGUGUGUGUGUGACUUACUGGAUCGAUAUUCUUCAGAAUGUUGAAGAAACAAGUGGACCCUCUUUUAUAACUGUCAAUCCAAAUCAAACACCCCAAAAUACAUUGUUCAAGUGGUCAACUGGCCAUCUAGUCCCAACAGUUGCUGCAUCAAAAGCAUCACAUGAACUAAACCAUAUUCAAGGGAAAAGAAAAAUAUGGUUUUCAGGGGUAUACCAAGGUUAUGCAUAUCAUGGAGAUGAGUUGAAGGCUGGCAUGGAUGCAGCAUACGACAUUCUUGGAAGAAUUUGUUCCCUUCAAAGAAACCUAAAAUACAUUGUACCAUCUUGGACGGAAGUGGGAGCACGACUUUUUGUCACUAGAUUUCUAAGUGCAUAUAUAACUACAGGCUGUUUAAUGCUAUUGGAGGAUGGAGGAACAAUAUUUACCUUUGAAGGAUCGAAGAAAAAAUGCUCUUUAAAAAGUGUUUUAAGAAUCCAUAAUCCCCAAUUCUAUUGGAAGAUUCUCAUAGCCAACAGAGAUUUCAAUUUAUCUAACUCAACAUUAAAAAAUAGGGGAUGGUGGACUCCAGUUUUCUUUACAGCUGGUUUAGCAUCUGCAAAGUUCUUCAUCAAGCAUGUUUCAAGAAAAAAUACUGUCACACAAGCUCGCAGAAACAUUUCUAUGCAUUAUGAUCUGAGCAAUGAUCUCUUUGCAUGUUUCUUGGAUGAAAAAAUGCAAUAUUCAUGUGGGGUGUUUAAGGAUGAGUAUGAAGACUUGAAAGAUGCACAGAAAAGGAAAAUCUCAAUUUUAAUAGAAAAAGCUCAAAUAGAUAGAAAGCAUGAAAUUCUUGACAUUGGAUGUGGAUGGGGCGGUUUUGCGAUUGAAGUUGUUAAAAAAGUCGGUUGCAAGUAUACUGGCAUCACUCUAUCUGAGGAGCAGCUGAAAUAUGCAGAAAAUAAAGUUAAAGAUGCUGGACUUCAGGAACAUAUAACAUUUCUCCUGUGUGAAUAUCGCCAAUUGUCCAAGACAAAAAAAUACGAUAGGAUUGUAUCAUGUGAAAUGAUUGAAGCCGUUGGACAUGAGUAUAUGGAAGAGUUCUUUGGUUGUUGUGAUUCAGUAUUGGCAGAUGAUGGACUUCUUGUUCUCCAAUUCACAUCAAUACCAGAUGAGCGUUAUGAUGCAUACAGACGCAGUUCCGAGUUUAUAAAGGAGUAUAUUUUUCCUGGCUGUUGCAUACCUUCUUUGAGUAGAGUAACAUUAGCUAUGGCAGCUGCAUCUAGACUAUGUGUGGAACAUGCUGAAAACAUUGGAAUUCAUUACUACCCAACUUUGAGAUGGUGGAGAAAGAAUUUCAUGGAAAACCACAGCAAAAUUUUGGCUCUUGGAUUUGAUGAAAAAUUCAUUAGAAUAUGGGAAUACUAUUUUGAUUACUGUGCUGCUGGUUUUAAAUCAAGGACACUUGGGAAUUAUCAGAUGGUUUUCUCGCGACCUGGAAACAAAACUGCAUUCAGCAAUCUUGACAAAAAGAUGGCUAGUUAAUUUUCUUGUCCAAAUCUCAAGGAAGAUCUUCAGCGCAUGCUAUCUUUAUUUGUGCUUUUUCGAUCUGAGAUGAUAUAUGUAUACUCAAUUUUUAAAAAAUAUGUAUACUUAACAUGCACAUUUUUACCUUUGUCAGAACAUGUACUUUGGUCUUUUGUUUGGUUGGUCAAACUAGUAUGGGUCAGGUUCUUACAACUGUGCACCGUCGUCAGCAGAUACAUCUUGUUUGAUUGUUGUUCUUGAACAACGGUUGAUCUCUUUUCUGAUGAGCAUUUUUUCCCCGUUCUGAAAUGGCAAACCGUUGUUACAACAUCGUCUAUGGCGGCGGUCGUCCACAGUUGUCUUAUAAACCCGUUGUUGCUCUCCAUCCUCAACAUCAGGGUCGGUUCUUUCUCUGAAGGCAUAGUCCAGAAUCUGCCUUUUCUUGGUGGUGGAUGCUGGUUUCUGUUGAUCAAAACAUUGGUUGUUAUAGGCUGUAAAAUGUUGUUCUAUUCCCCGAUGUAUGUGUUCGAAUACCCUUUUACAGGUUUGAUUUCUCAAAAUAUGCGUUUCACGCAUGGUUCUGUUCCCCCAAGAUCAUUGUUAGUGUGGUUGUUAGUGUAUGUGCUUCGUAACAGGUUUUCUAGACUAGAAAUGGUCAUGUACUUGUUGUCCGUUGUUGCUACGAGUGGUGGG